CGGGAUGACAAUAUAUAAAAAGAAAGAAAAUAUUAUAUAGUAUAGAUUAAUUCUAAGCAUUUACCUAUAUUUAAUUAGAAAUGUACAAUGGAUAACGAAGAAGAUCUAGCGUAUGUAUUAGUUGUACUAAUGAUUGGUACAUAUAUAUUAAAAAGACAAACAUCUUUUCGUUGGAUUAAUAGAAAAUAUUGGGUGCGACCAAUUAAUAUAAGACGUCCCAUUCAAGGAGAUUUUGAUCAUUUAUUACAAGAAAUGAAAACUGAUCCUUAUAUGUUCUUCAGAUAUACCAGAAUGUCCGUAAAUGUUUUCAAUCACUUAUUAGAAAUAAUGAAACCAUUCUUAACCAAAAAGAGUCAUCGUGCCUUAGUACCAGAGCAACGUCUUGCUUUAACUUUAAGAUAUCUCGCCACAGGAAAUCAAAUCUUGUCUAUUGCGUUAGCAUACAGAAUUGGAGAAUCUACAGCGAGAAAUGUAAUUAAGGAAACUUGUGCUAUGAUCAUAAAAGUAUUGUCACCGAUAUAUCUCCAAGCCCCUACCGAAGAACAAUGGCUAAAAAUAAUUGAAGGCUUUUAUAGGAAAUGGAACUUUCCAAAUUGCUGCGGAGCAAUAGACGGGAAACAUAUUCAAAUACAAGCACCGCCAAAUUCUGGAAGUCUGUUUUAUAAUUAUAAGAAAACAUUUAGUAUUGUUUUGAUGGCAGCAUGUGAUAGUGACUACAAAUUUACGUUGAUAGACUGCGGAUCAUAUGGUAGUAGUAAUGAUGCAGGGAUAUUUUCAAGGUCCGAUUUUAAUAAAGCUUUAGUCAAUGGCAAUUUACAUCUACCACGAGGCGAAAGCAUCUUACCCGGAAGUGAUAAAAAGUCACCAUGUUUUUUUGUCGCGGAUGAAGCAUUCCAUUUAUCUACAAAUCUAAUGAGACCAUAUUCUGGACGAAAUUUGGAAUCAAAAAAAAGAAUCUUCAACUACAGAUUAUCACGAGCCCGAAGAGUUAUCGAAAAUAGUUUUGGAAUUCUGGUAUCAAGAUGGCGAAUAUUUAGAAAACCCAUUUGUAUGCACCCAAAAACUGUAGACACAAUAGUAAUGGCGACAAUAUGUUUGCAUAAUUUUUUGAAAACAAUAAAUGAUUUAACGUCAAUGGAAAACAGAAUAUACUGUCCACCCAACUUCGUAGACACAAAGCAAGAAGAUGGAAGUAUUGUUUCUGGAGCAUGGCGAAAUGAAUAUAGUACAGCUGUUCAGUGUAUCAGAUCGAGUACAGCUCACCGAUCGACGAUUGAAGCAUAUAAACAACGGGAUAUUAUUGCAGAUUAUUUUUUGAGUGCUGUUGGUGAAGUUCCAUGGCAGUACUCUUACAUUCGUAGAGGCUUACAUUGUCCCGAUAUGGAGUAAAGAAUUAAUAUUAUGUUUGU